AUGGUGGAUUCUUUGUGGAGUGUUGGUAAGUUAGGCUCUGACUUUUGCUAUGUUGAUACAUUGAGUGACUUUAUUCGUGGCAUGAUGGAAACUACGGGUCUAGUUAAGAUUUUUGAUGCAGUUGGUGUAAUGUUGACUGAGUCUUUGUCGAUGAUGGAUUUUUGGAAAAACAAGUGGGAUAAUAAAGAAGAAGAAAUGACUUCUACACAAAUAGUUGCUCCAAUGAUUGUAAGCAUUGGAGAGGUCUUGGCAACUGUGGAGACUAUUGAUUCGAUACCAUCUAAGGGGAUUGUUGACCUAAUAGUUUCUGGAGAGAAGACUACUAAAGUUGACGUUGUUGGGCAGUCAAUUUCCAAUAAUGGUCGAAGUUGUAACAUCUCAAUAUUGUCAUCUCCACCUCCACUGUCCCUAUCGAUACGAAAACAAGAAUUUGCAUCCCUAUCGUCACGAUUUCCAACAACCAUUUCAUCAUCACCAUCACCAUCACCAUCUCCAUCAUCAAUUAGACGACGAUCAGCACCACCAUUCUCACGACCAAUUUUCUUACCACCGAUACAAGCACCAGCACCAGCACCACCAACACCAACAUCACCAACACCAAAUGGUCAGCUUUAUCAUCCUAUACGUUAUCAUGAUUCAGGUGUUACAAGUGCAGUAGUAGGAGGGUUAUGCAUCAUAAUUUGUUGUCGUAGGUAUAAGUCACUAACCCGACUACUCAAAAAAAAUUGUUUCACAACAAAGAGUGAUCUAAAGAUUGAAGCAUUCUUAAAAACACAUGGUGCCAUAUCACAAAAAAGAUACAAAUAUUCAGAAGUCAAGAAAAUGACUAAUUCCUUCAAAGUUAAACUAGGCCAAGGUGGUUUUGGUGCAGUGUACAAAGGAAAGCUACCCAACAAUUGCCCCGUGGCUGUAAAAUUAUUGAAUGCAUCAAAACGAAAUGGAGAAGACUUUAUCAAUGAGGUUGCUAGCAUCAGUAGAACCUCUCACAUUAAUAUUGUCACACUUCUUGGAUUUUGUUUGGAAGGUCGCAAGAAAGCUCUCAUCUAUGAAUUUAUGACCAAUGGUUCCUUGGAAAAAUUUAUCUACCAAAAAGGGCCAGAAUCUAUUGCAUCUCUGAGUUGGGAGAAUCUUUAUCAAAUCUCCAUAGGGAUAGCUCGAGGGUUGGAAUAUUUGCACAGGGGAUGCAACACUCGAAUUUUGCAUUUUGACAUAAAGCCACAUAAUAUUCUUUUGGAUGAGAACUUUUGUCCCAAGAUAUCAGAUUUUGGGUUAGCAAAACUUUGUACUAGGAAAGAGAGCAUUAUUUCCAUGUCAGAUACAAGAGGGACACUAGGGUAUGUAGCUCCAGAAAUGUGCAAUAGACAUUUUGGUGGAGUUUCACAUAAGUCUGACGUUUAUAGCUAUGGAAUGUUGCUGCUAGAAAUGGUAGGAGGGAGGAAGAACAUUAAUGCUGAAGCUAGUCACACAAGUGAAAUAUACUUCCCACAUUUGGUAUACAGAAGGCUUGAGUUGGACAAUGAUUUAAGACCAGAUGAGGUGAUGACCACUGAAGAAAAUGAGAUUGUAAAGAGAAUGACCAUAGUGGGUUUAUGGUGCAUUCAAACGUUUCCAAAUGAUAGACCUACAAUGAGUAGAGUAGUAGAUAUGUUGGAAGGAAGCAUGAAUGCCUUGGAAAUACCACCAAAACCUAUGUUUUCUUCUCCUACUAGAUCCACUUCAGAAUCUCCCUCUUAA